AUGCUGAGAUUACAAGCUGCUCAUGAGCGAGCCGCGCACCCGCGGCAGCAGAUCACGUGGCACCUACAGCAUGCAGCAGAUCUUGUCCCAUCGGGCGACGAUUGCUUGGGAACGUUCUCCUCGAGGUGCCCCAAGAGCCGAGCUUCGGCGGCGGAGGCGCUGCGGCUCCCCUGGUUCACGCAGCCCCCUUUGCCGGCCGCCGCGCCGGUCGUGCCCGCCACCCCCCCGGCAGGGCCGAGGGCCCCUCUCCUCCGGGCGGCGCAGCGAAGCGCGUUGCAGCGCGGCCGGCGAGACCGCACCGCGGCGGCGGGCGCGGACCUGGAGGGGUGCGAUCGUGCGGUGGACUCGCAGGGCUCGAAGUCCACAGUCGCGGCCGUGCCUCCUGGGCAGCUGGAGCAUGGGGACGCUUCUUGCCGGGCGGCGCAGCGAAGCGCGCUGCAGCGUGGCUGGCGAGACCGCACCGCGGAGGCGGGCGCGGAGCUGGACCUGGAGGAGGGGUCUGAUCGUGCGGUGGACUCGCAGGGCUCGAAGUCCACAGUCGCGGCCGUGCCUCCUGGGCAGCUGGAGCAUGGGGACGCUUCUUGCCGGGCGGCGCAGCGAAGCGCGCUGCAGCGUGGCUGGCGAGACCGCACCGCGGCGGCGGGCGCGGAGCUGGACCUGGAGGAGGGGUGCGAUCGUGCGGUGGACUCGCAGGGAUCGAAGGCCACAUUCAUGGCCGUGCCUCCUGGGCAGCUGGAGCAUGGGGACGCUCCGUCGCAGAGGAGUAGUAGCGCCAACCUGGCUGGCCAGUGGCCCGAGCUGGCAGGGUCGGAGCGGCCUUCUUUCGGGGAGCGACCAAGCUUCGCGGAGCGAGCAACGGAUCCGAUAUUCGACGCCAGCGCGUUCUUCAUCAAGAAGGUGAUGAGGCCACGGAGGACACAGUUAGAGAGACAUGUUUCUUCCGAGGACCUAGCGCAGGCAGGAAUCCGAUCAGAUCUGACACAGAGCAGAUUGCCAAACGGGUUGCCCCCUGGAGGGUGCAGGAGGCCCCACGGCUUGCACCUGCAAAAGCACAUCCGCACACCCCGCAGUGUCAGUGACGGGCAAGCGCCUCGUACCGCCAGAAGCCGCUGGCCAGCCAACUCACCAGCAGCGACAAGUGCUUGGGCGAGCCUUGAAGACGAAUUUGAAAAGCUUUCUUCGUAAUCAUGUCGCAGCACGUCCAGCGGUGCACGACAGACUAUCCGCGAUGGCUGCUCGGUCACCUUCUAAAUCAGCCGUCGACGGUGAUGGUUUCGUGCUUGUCUCCAAACCAGCACGCGGGCACUGUCCCACGCUUCCUUUUAUCUUUCCUUCCAGACGAUGCCCUGCGUCAUGCCAGUGGGCAGGCGCUCGGAGGUUAGGGCGCGAGUGGGGCGGCCUUCUCUAAGAAGGACCCCUGCCUUUUCAGAAGCCCCGCCGCCUUCUCAGAAGCCCAUCCUCCUCUUGCCAUUCCCUUAUGGGCGCUGCCUAGUUGUCCAAGGGGCUGGCAUCCGCGAAAGCGCGCUAUGCACUUUUUGUCGCGGACUCAGCGAGAGCACGAGCGGAUCGGAGCAAGCUCUGGACAGCAAGCGCGCUAUACGCACAUUUAUCAUUUCCAAAGUUUAUAAGUUUUCUCGCGACAACCACCAAACAAGGGGCACAGCCACCCCUUGUGCAUGGGGUAUGGAGACAGACUCCACUGUCUGCGAAAACGCGUGGCGAAUUUGACGCAUCCGCAACGCACAUUUAACCGAGCUCAGAAUUUGCGAUGGGCCCUCCCACGCCGACCACUGUUUGAGAGGUACAGCUCCUCCUCCUCCUCCUCCUCCUCCUCCUCCUCCUCCUCCUCCU